CAGGAGGCCUCGGAGGCAGAUCCCAUCCGGCUCUGUCUUCUCAGGCCCUGCGUUAGCUGUAGCCAUGCACAUGUAUACCAACUCUGGACACCAGGACCCGCCAGGGACCAGAGAGGAGGAGGAGGAGGAAGAUGAUGACUAUGAGAACACGGCACCGCGCUACAAGGAUCUUCCUCCCAAGCCAGAUUCGAUGGCUCCCCCUAGGCCUCCAAGGGCAGGAAAGAAAACAGAGAACCCCCCACUCCCUUGCAAGCCCCCAAAGAUCAAAGGCCCGGACCUCACCCCUGUCAUCCGCACAUCUUCUCUGCUGGGUGUCAAUUUGGAGCAUCCCCCAUUCCAGCCGUCCCUGGCCACUCUUCCUCCAGCACCUCCAGUGUCCCAGCUCAGUCAGAAGUCCAGAUGUCCUGGGUGCUACCAGGAGGAGAGACUGGUGAUGUUCCUGAGUCUGCUGGUGGUGGUGUCCCUGCUUCUGGGCUGCACUGGUCUGGCUGUGACUCUUAUCAAGUACCAGGAGGUGGUGGAAGAGCUGAGGAUGUUAACCUUCCAGCAGAUGGCAUGGCGAGCAAAUGUGACUGGCGCAGCAGGGCUGGCUGGCCUGAAGAAGGACAUUGACCACAUAAGAACUAAGACCAACCAGUCCCUGGUGGAACUUUGGCGCUUAUUAGACUAUAGCAGGAUCACCUGCCCCAAGGGCUGGCUCCCCUUUGGGGGCAAGUGUUACUACUUCUCCCCAAACACCAAGUCAUGGGAUGAAGCCCGGAAGUUCUGCCAGGAGAAUUACUCUCACUUGGUCAUCAUCAACAGCCCUGAUGAGCAGACGUUUUUGGCCAAGGCUCAUGGCUCUCCACGGAUAUACUGGCUGGGGCUGACUGACAGGGACCGUGAAGGGGACUGGAAGUGGCUGGAUGGGUCACCUGUCACUAUGAGCUUCUGGGAUCCAGAGGAGCCCAACAACAUCAACGAUGAGGACUGCGCCAGCAUGAACAAGGGUGGCACUUGGAAUGACCUCUCUUGUGGAAAGACCACGUACUGGAUUUGUGAGCGGGAAUGUUCCUGUUGAACCCGGUGGCUCAGGGUGGGUGGGGGUCCGUACCCGAGUGCCCCUGGGCUCCUGGGGAUGAGAGCCCUCUGCCCUUCUGUGGAAGACACUGCUGCUCUUCGAACCGACAGGGAUGUACCGAAGAUGGACCGGCAGCUCGGGUGCAGCAAGUCCCCUUGGGUACAAGCGAGAGCAUCUCUAGGGUGAUGACCUGAGGGCUUGUUCAACUGGAUGACGCCUAGUGUGUUCGGGCUGCUCUACCAGGACACUAUGAACUGGGUGGCUUAUGAACCAUCAGGGAUUAUUUAUUGAAUUUCUGGAAGCCGGGAAGCCCAAGAUGAAAGAACAGUGUUUGGUGAGGACUCAGUUGCUGAUUCACGGAGGGCUGUCUUGCUGUGUUCUCCUAGGCUGCAAGGGACAAGAACUCUCUGGGGUCCCUGUUAUAAGGAGGCAGAGUCCCACCCUUGUGACCCAAUCACCUCCCAGGGGCCCUACGUCCUUGGACCGUCACCUUGAGGAGUAGGAUUUGACAUAUGACUGGAGUGGGGGACACACAGUUCAGUCUGUGGCGGCUGGUGAGCUGACGAGGGAUCAGGUCUGAGACACUGUCUCCCAGUUCUGGGGUCUGGAGGAAACUCACCAAGUCCUUGGUCAUGGCUCCUAAGAAGCAAUCCUGGCCAUGGGGGCUCCCGGUCUGAUAACAACUGAGCUGGAGCGGAAAAGUUCCUGGCUCCUCUGAACGCGGGUGUGCUGGGCUCCCUCGCGGCCUCCCUGAUUGGGGGGGGGGGGCGGUGCCUGGGACGCAGGUGGGGGGAGUUAUUCUUGACAAGCAGCUCACUCAAUGUCCCAGGUGAGGCUUGUCCGAACUAGGGGGCAGAAUCAGGCCUCUGCCAAGACUCUGCCUGUGAAGCUUCUAGAAAGGCAGACCAACUGAAAGGCAAGACUGUCUCCUCCCUCAAUGUGCGGUCAGAUUCCCAGGACAGCCGUGGCAUGUGCCUUUAAGGCUGUGUGCGGUUUGUAGGGAUCUUCGAUGAAUCAUUCACUUUUACUGGGAGUGGACCUUCUUGGGCUCUCAGCUCCUGAAGUGUUAGAGCUUCUCAGAAUGUCCGUUCACCGUGUGGCCCUGCACACCUGUGAGGGUUUGCUGGGGGCGGGGGCGGGGGCGUGCCACAAUAAAGCACGUGGACUGGCUUCAAUGCGAGCCAUUUAUUGUC